AUAAAUACUGGAUUUGCUCUGCAUAUCUGAAGACCAGAGCAUCUGAUACACAACGCUGUCGAAAAUCAAGCCUUCUUAUAUUAAGCAACUUUCAUAGAGAGGUCUUUGUGUUAAAAGACUGUUUUCUCCUCUGGUAAUGCUACACUCUGGAGCUCUGUAAGGUCCGCCGUUGGGAUGUCUGACAGUGAAAUCAUUGAAUUGGCGGGUCUUGGAAGACCUUUCCAGUUGGGAAUGUUGUAUGACUGUCGAAGAGAUGCUCUCAUACCAGGUAUCACACUUUGGGAUUCAGAGACACUGAAAAAAAACAUAAAUGUGAAGCCACAGCCAAACACUGACUUUAAAAUCAUCACCUCAGACUCCAGCAAAGACAAGUCAUCAGCUUUGAAUGUCGCUGCCUCACUUGAGGCUAGUUUUCUCUCCGGGUUAGUCAGUGUGAAAGGGUCAGCAGAGUUCUUAAGUAACAGGAAAAAAUCUAAGCACCAUUCUCGAGUCACCUUGCAGUACAAGACUAUCACUCGUUUUGAGCAGCUAACUAUGGAGCAUCUUGGAGUUGGGAACAUUAAACACUGUAAUAUGUUUGAAGAGGGCUCUGCCACACAUGUUGUUACUGGCAUUUUGUAUGGUGCUCAAGCUUUUUUUGUUUUUGACAAGGAGAUUUCCUCAAAUGAAAACCAUCAAGAAAUACAAGGAAACCUGCAUGCAUGCAUCAAAAAGAUUCCUCUCAUUUCAAUUGAAGGGGAAGCAUCUUUGAAAAUGACUGAGGCUGAACAGCAAGAGAGCACCACAUUCAACUGUACCUUCCAUGGAGACUUUGCUCUAAGCAACAACCCGGUGUCCUUCCUUGAUGCCAUUAAGGUGUACUCAGAGCUUCCAAAGCUUCUUGGGGAAAAUGGAGAAUGUGCUGUACCUAUGACUGUGUGGCUCUACCCCUUAAAAAAACUUGACUCAGCAGCUGCUACGCUGGUUAGGGAAAUAAGUGUCAGCCUGGUGCGACGUGCUCACCAUAUCAUCGAUGCCCUGGAUGAUGCUGACCUGCAGUGCCAGGACCUGAUGAAUGAUGAUAUGGCCAAUCUGUUCACUGAAAUCAAAGCCAAGCUCAGAAAAUUCAAAGACAUGUGUAUGGAGUAUAAAAUGGUGUUUCAAAAACAGCUCUGUAAGCUUCUUCCAUCUAUAAGGGGGGGAGGAACAGAAGAACAGGAACUUGUGACUUUACUGACCAGCGUGGAAAGGUCUCCCUUUCAGGGUGCUCUCAUAUCUGCUUAUAUGAAUGACAAAGAAAAAGAGAUGAACGUUCUCAGAUCAUACCUGGACAUCAUGAAAGAGGUCCCUGUGUUUUCCUCCAGUAAUGACUUGAUCAAAGAAGUUCUAAAGUCAGUUAAUGACUAUGUGGUAGUUUUUGCAUUCACAUCUCUAGAAGAGCAAGAGUCACACCUUUUUGACAUGGAGAAAUAUCUGAAGGAAACGUCAGAGAACAGUGACAGAAUAAUCUCAUACGAACCCAGCUCUACAAAGGCAAAGCAGUGGUUCUGUGGCAAUGUGGCUACUCUAACCUUGCAAAGUGUACGACUGUUUGUAGAGUUCAAGGAGGCCAACUGUGGAAGAGAAAAUGUUGCAUUCUGCAUUGCAUCAAUCCCAAGCAAAGUCAGUGUAGCCUCAUCAAUUCAAGUUUAUGAGAAAGGCUCACUGUUGAGUUCGCAGUAUGAGCUUCCUUCAAAGCCACCUGCGCCAACCAUCUUGAAUGCUGAACAUGACUGUAUUAAAAUGGAAAUCAACAAACCAGCACAUGGUGUCAAUAGUGUGGGGUCAUAUAUUAUCUUGUACCAACCAGUACAAAGUUCAGAGUGGAUUAAAUUGAACACAGAGAGUAAUUCCCCCCUGGUUACUGUCAAGGAUUUAGAGCCAAAUAAAGAAUAUCGCUUUAGUUGCCAGGCUGUGUGUUGCCCAGGGGUAAGUCUGACUAGUGAUGCAACGCAAUUGUUUAAGACCCGCCCAUGUAGUCCUCCUGGACCUCCCAAAAUGAAAUUUACAGAAUCAGGUGCAGUAACGAUAACUUGGGACAUUCCUACAUCCAUUGGGGAGCAAGCUGAAGUCACUGAGUAUGUCAUAGAGUACACACAGGAUAAGAAAGGUAAACCAUGGAUAUCUACGACCUCCACAACGAGAGAGUGUACAUUAAAGACCCUGACAAAUGACAUUUCUUACACCAUCAGAGUUUCGGCCAACUGUGGAAUUGCAGGAAUGAGUCUCCCCAGUGUGGAGACUACUAUUCAGCCUUCUGACAAGCCUAGAAAAACAUCACAUGAAAGCAGGAGUCAGCUCUUCUUGGAGCAAUCGUCAGUCAUAGAAAAAGGCAAUCCAACUGUUCGUGUAUUGCACCUGCAAAGCAGGUAUAGUAAGAAUGAGGGUGUCAAACACUCUGUCUUUGGCCAAAAGGUGGAGGCUGCAAAAAACAAAGUGAUCCUUUUACUUGGGGCAACAGGUUCAGGAAAAACAACCCUCAUCAAUGCAAUGAUCAAUUACAUUCUAGGUGUAAAGUGGGGGGAAAAUUAUCGCUUCAAAUUGAUCAAUGAAGUAACCAAUCGAUCACAGGCAGAAAGUCAGACAACUGAAGUUACGUCUUAUGAGCUGUAUAACCAACCAGGCUUUCAGGUCCCCUACUCUUUGACCAUUGUGGAUACUCCAGGGUUUGGAGAUACCCGUGGGAUAGAACACGACAAACAGAUCACAGAGCAGAUUAAGAACUUCCUUUGUAACCCUUUGGGGAUUCAGCAUAUUGAUGCUGUCUGCUUUGUCAUUCAGGCUUCUCUUGCCCGCCUCAGUCCCACUCAGAAAUACAUAUUUGAUUCAGUCCUCUCAAUCUUUGGCAAAGACAUUGCAGAGAACAUAAUGAUUAUGGUGACAUUUGCACAUGGGACAGACAUCCCGGCUCUAGAGGCCAUCAGUGCAGCUGAAGUUCCCUGCCAAAAAAAUAAAAAGGGACUCCCCACUCACUUCAGUUUCAACAACUCAUCUUUGUAUGCUCAGAAUGUGACCAUAGAUGAUUCUGAUAAUGAAUCAGAUGAUGAAGAUAACUACAGUGAUACUACAAAACAGAAUGAGAUGACCUGGGCCUCUAAUUUUAAAAAAAUGAAGGCAUUUUUUAGAGCACUGAAGGACAGUGAAAGCAGAGAUCUCAAAAUGACUAUACAGGUCUUGGAAGAGCGUGAACGACUAGCAAGAGCCAUGGAGGCCCUUGCCCCUCAGAUCAAGGCUGGUCUCUCAAAGUGCGCAGAGAUUGAGAGCAAAAAGCAGAUGUUGAAAAAUGAGAAUGAAAAAAUGAAGGAAAAUGAGAAUUUUGAACAAGAGGUGGAAGAGGUCAAACCAAUUAGAACUGCAGUUAACUGCUUUACCAUGAACUGCAACAGGUGUUUUUUCACAUGCCACUCCAGCUGCUUCCUUCCUGAAGAAGAUUCCAUCAGCACUUGUGCCGUGUUUGAUAAGCAGUUGAAAUGUGUAGUGUGCCCUGGAAACUGCCAUUAUUCCAACCAUGUAAAGGAGAAUGUUAUGUGGACAUAUGAAACAAUAAAAAAGACACAAACAAUCAAAGAAUUAAGAGAUAACUUCAACAAGGCAAAGACAGCAUUCAUGUCCACACAUGACAUGUUGGAAAAACUAGAUAAAGAAUACAAACAUAUUUACUCCAAGUUGAAGGACCUGGUUAAACUGUCUUUCAGUUGCCUUAGGAGGCUGGAUGAGAUUGCACUGAAACCAAGGUCCCUGUCUGCAAAAGAGUACUUUGAGUUACUGAUUAAGACAGAAGAGGAUGAGAAAAAGCCCGGCUUUGAGGAACGCAUUGUUAAACUGCAGAAAAUGAAAGAAGAGUUUGAAAACCUGGAAAAAAUUGCUGAAGGAGGGCAUGAUUUACACUAAGAGAAUAAAUGAAGAAAAUGAAUAAACUGUGAAGAAGAUGUAACCACUAUGGCUGGCUUUGUUGAUUGACAUAAAAAGUUAAAUGAAAUAAAAUAAAUCAAUAUGUUCAUAUAACUGGAGAAACUGCUAUGACUGUACCCUGGUUCCACCUCCCUAUUCCUAAUACACCUCCACCUCCAUUUUCCUCCAGUGCAGUUGUUCGAAUCAACUAAUUUUAUGAUUGUUCAUUCAUCUUUCCUACAUUAACUUCUAAAACCUAAUGUUACAAUAAAGCAUGAAAUGAAGAACAUGAUUGUAUGAAGAACAUGAUGUAGUAGAACUUUAGAUCAAAAGUUAAUCUCUUUCUUUUAAUACUUCUAAAAGAGAUGACUGCAUGGUUAUAGGGUAUGUUUGACUGUAUGCCAGACAGUAUUACACUGUCUAUAUCACAUUUAUUGGCAUCCUGUCCAUGCUAGGCAGUAAUGCUGAGUCUUCUCCUGCAGUGCUUAUUAAGAUGGGCAAACACAGAAUAAUGGAUUUAUACUGGAUAUUACUAGUUCAAGUUUUCUUAAAAGCAAAUUAUACAGCAUUUCUGCAAAGGACUUUGCUGAAACACAAGUCAUUGUGUUGCAGUUAAAAGUUGUGUGCCGCAUCCACAAGUUCAUGGCAAAUUCAGGUAUUAAAGUAAAUCCUUGUUUAAGCAGAACAUGAAUAAACCUAAAUUGUCAAAUUGA